UGUUUUGCCAACUAGACAUAGUCCUGUCACAGUUGCAAAAUAAUGCAAUUUUCACACUGUUUACUCAGAUUUAAUCUUUACAACUGCACUUAAAAUCGUACUCAGUGAUAUGUAACGUCGGCCAGAGAAACCGAACAUGUCGUGGCUCAAUUUAAACCAGAGUUUGAACAGUUUGAAGGGGCAGAUUACGAACUUUGCUUCAGAAGUGUUAUCUGAGGUGCCUGGUCAGGAUACCGGGGAUAAUGCAGCUGCGGCGGAGACUUCUUUUAAGGAGCUUGAGGAGAAAUGCCACAAUCAAGAGCUUGAGAUCGCAUCCCUGAAGAGGCUUACAGCAGAACUUGAAGCCACAUUGCAAUCUGAGAGUUUCAACCGGAAAAAUGGAGUCAAAGAAAACGAAGAAGAAUCCAGUUGGUACUGGGACCCUCCACCGCAGCCCGUACGAACAGGCGAGGACAUCGACAACAUGUACACAACUCAAAUCAAAGAACUACAAGACGAAAUAUCCUCCUUAAAAGAACGCUACAAUAUAGACCCGAGACAAGACAAUGAUGAGGAACUCGAGAAACUAAGAGAAGAAAACAAAAACCUAACGACAAAUCUCGAAGAUUUGGACUCACAACAUCAACUUGCCAUGGAGAGGCUGUUGAGCCUAAAGAAGGAAUUACAAAAGAAUUUUGAAGUUCUAAGGCAAGAACAUGAAGAUCUUAAAUAUAAUAACGACGAAUACGCAAAUGAAAUUAAAGACUUGCAAGGUAAACUUGCCGAGAAAAAUAAGGAUUUAGAAACUUUAAAGACCGCUAAGGCAGAUUAUGACACAUUGCACCAUAAAUAUAUGAAUUUAGAAAGAGUGCAUGAUCUUUUAAGAGAAAAUGCUGAGAAAUUUCAGGAAGAGAAUCAAGAGCUACAUGAAGAAAUAUUUAAAUUACAAGAGCAGGUAACUAAGUUAGAACAUGAAGUUGAACUUGUAACUAAGCAUUCUGAGCUAUCUGAGACUGUACCUAGAGAUAGGUACGACGAAUUGCUAAAAGAACUGAACGAUCUGAAAGAUAGUAGAAACUCCAACCACCAGCAUGUUGAUGAAGUCAAUAUUGACGAUAACGCUAAGAGUGUUAUAGAAACACUGAAAAGAGAGCUGCAUGAAGUGAAGCAUAGAUUAGCUCAAAAAGAAAGUGACACACAAUCUGAUAACAAAGUUAUUAAAACUGAAAAAAUAAUGCAGUUUUAUAAUAAGUACGUGAACUUUGAAAUUCCUGUAGAUUACCUGGGAGAAGUGCCAUCGAGUGGCGAAAAUAUUGUGGUAUUUAAAUUAGAAAGUGUUUUUAAAACACUGAACUCCUUUAAGAAAGACAUUGAUAAACUUAAUCAUAAGCUAUCUGAGAAGAAACUUAACAUCGACCAUAUGCAGACACAGAUAGAUGAUUUAACCACAGAAAAUGACUUCUUAACCAAUGACUUACAUCACACUGAGAGAGAAUUGGAGGAAAUGAAAAAGAAUAAUGACUUUUUGAUAUCUGAAAUUGCGGCCUUAAAGAAUACGUCCAAACUAGAACCUAUAAUAGAAACACAUGAAGAUAACUUAGCAAAACUAGAGACAGAACUAGCAGAUUCUAAUAAAUUAAAUAAGAAUUUUGAGUCCAAAAUACAUAGAAUAGAAAAAGAACUAGAAGCAGUUAAGCAUGAAAAAGUUUUGCUGCAAUCAAGUUUAGUUGACUUAAAAGAAAAAUACGCGUUAAUGCUUAGUGAACUCGACAUGUUCAAAAUUAAAACAAAAGAAGUGGAGGAAUUGGAAAAGACUGUUGAUAUUGCAAGUGAGGAAAUGGUUAAAAACUGCACACAUGAGAUUCAUGAAUUGAAAAAGCGGCUUCAUGCAGCUAAUGCUAAGAACGAACAAUUGUCAAUUGACGUACAUAUUGCAGAAAAUGACAAAGUAUUGCUUACACAAGAAAUGGAUCAUCUUAGGCGAAGUUUUGAACGAGACCAACAUAGUUUUUCCAAAUCUAAAGACGAGCAUGACGGAAGAUUACCUGAAGUUGUUGAAGACAGUUUAGAACCUCAAGCUAGAGCUAGCAGUAGUACUUUAUUGGAAACGAGCACAAGCAAAAAUAUCAACAACGUAUUGAAAGAAAUUGAAGAAAUAAAAAUCGAAAAAGCAAACAUCCAAGCGCACUUGAAUAUAGCAAAGGAUGAAAAUACGUUAUUAAAGGAAAGUGUUAGCCAACUUAAUACAGCAAUUGAUCAUAUUAGGCAGCAAGAGAAACACUUGCUUGAUCAGUUAGAAGAUUUAAAGAAAUCGCGACAAGAAGUAAUCGAUAAUGAUCAGAUACUUAAAGGAACUAUUGAAAACUUGAUAGAAAAAGUAGCAAUGCACGAGUUAGUAUCUAAGGACGUUAAUAAAAUUAAAGAAGAAAAUAUACAUUUGACUCAAACGAAAGUUCACCUACAGGCAGAGUUGCUGUCUACAGACAGUAAAAUCACACAGUUAAGCCAAGAAUUUGAAAAAGUAUUAUCGAAUUUAAGUGAAAAGGAUAGCCUUAUAGAUGCUCUUAAUACAACUGUAACUGAAAACAACAAUAAAGUUAUUCAGGCGAAUGAAACAAUAUCAGAAUUAGAAAAUAAUCUGGUGGCUAAAAACAAUGAAAUUCUUAAACUACUAAAAUCUCUUGAAGAUGUUACUCAAGAAUUAAAUCAAACUAACCAGCAAUCAGAUCAAAGGAACGAAGGGGUUUUACGUGAAAAUGAAUCUAUGAAUCAAGAGCUAGUUGAGCUAAAUGUUGAGCUUAAAAAUAAAACAGACCAAAUUUCAGCAUUAAAAGACAUGGUUGCAGAGGUCGAAAGAAAUUGUUCUCAAUUUAAAACAUUAGCUGACGAGAAAGACAAAGAAAUUAAAGAACUACGUCAAAGUAUUGUUGAAAUUAGUGACAAACUGAAAAAUGUUGACAAUACAACAAAUGCUGAUGACUACGCCAUAUUACUUAAAGAAAAAGAAGCCAUACAGAACCAUGUUGUAGAUCUACAAAAUAAUAUCACUGCUAAGGAAAAAGAACUGAAUGAAAUUAAAGCAAAACAUGAUCUAAUGGAAAAAGCGUGUAUUGAAUACAAGACUUUAGUAGAAAACGCAACAGCCGAAAAAACGGAGCUAAUAAAUCUUGUUAAUCUAAAACAUAAUGAAAGUUUGCAGUACCAUAAUGAAAUACAAAGAUUAAACCAUAUUCUUUUAGAACAGAAUGCUGAAAUGAAAAAGUUGAUUGAUGAAAAGAAUCAGCAAGAAAUUAACGAAACCUGCGCUACCUGCGAGAGUUUGAGAAUGACUCUUAGAGAGAAGGAUGAAAUAAUAAAGAAUCUAAAUCAGAAUAGCAGUGUGUUUGAGAAGAAUAAGGCAGACUUAUUGAAUGCGAAUGAAAGUUUGAGAAUGUUGGCGGAGAAAUGCGACGGGUUGGAGAAGAAUCUUCAAAUACAGCUGGAGAAUUUAAAAACGUUGGCAGCAGAAAAGAUACAGCUGUCAGAGCAACAUGAAAACGCGACCCGCGAAUUGGAGCGCCUCCGUCGCCACCUAGUGGAGAUGGAGGACAACUAUACGCAAGAACUGAUGACGUCAGAACAGAAACUGACGGAGUGUCAAGCCAGUCUGCGGCGCGUCGAAGAAAGGGCGAAACAGAGCAGCACGGUCUAUACCAGUAAUAGCAUCCGCGCCAAUCAAGAAGUAGAAACGCUUCGCAAUCAGAUCAAGCUGUUGGAGAAGCAACGAGAAGAAGUACAAGCGAGGUUGGGAGACGCGGAAGACGCGAGAGGGAGAAGCGAAGCUGCGUUGACUAAUCUCCAAGUGGUCUUAGAACAGUUCCAGUUAGACAAAGAACGCGACAUCCACGCCGCCACGGAAAAGAUAAGAAACAAAAUGGAGGAUCUCAAAAAAGAAAAUGGCGGACUACAGAAAGAGAUAGAGAAACUGAACGUGAAACUGCAAGAGUCUCUCGCUGGACUUCAAGCUGCCACGAGACUUGGUGACCAGCUGGAGACCAAGACAGCGCAAAUCAAUGAUUUGAAGGAACAAGUGAAAACCCUGCAGACGUCAGUAGGCGCGGCCGAGGAGAGGUACUACAAGGCGAUUUCGAACCAGCAGGAUAAGGUGGACAAGAAUUUGGUCAAGAACCUGGUGCUCAACUUCGUGCUUACUGCCGGGAAUAAUACUAAUAAGACUCAAAUACUACGAGUGCUGUCAACAGUGCUAGAUUUCAACCAGCAAGAAUGCAGGAAGCUCGGCCUAGAAAAGGCACCCCCCACGGACAGUCUAGCCGCAGAAUUCGUCAAAUUCUUACAGGACGAGAGCAAGCCCCGAGCGCCUCUACCGAGCAUGCUCGGUCUCGCCCGGAGUAGUACACCAAGUUCCAGAAAAAGCUCUACUAUAGGACCAUCCCCGGUCCCCUCAGAAGUGGUGGGCCACAAACGCAACCCCUCCACAGGUUCCAACAACCUCCUCUUCCAAAACAUAGACAAUGUAGAGACUACGUCACAGAUAUCAAUCGAGUCUGACCAUCGAGUCUCCACCAGUAUGGACACGGGAGUCAACCAGACUAGGAACACUGAGGGCGCUAUUUUGAAGCAUGUUUUGAAGGAUAUGUAGGUAAAUACAAAAAGACAUGUAAAAACUAUCUACUCUUUCAAUACAUAGACCAAUAACCAUAGAUAUCAAUCGAGUCUGACCAUCGAGUCUACCAGUAUGAACACGGGAGUAAUCAGACUAGGAAUACUGAGGGCGCUAUCUUGAAGCAUGUUUUUGAAGGAUAUAUAGGUAAAUGAAAUAAAUAUACAACGUAGAUACACUACAUGGCAGAUAUCUAUAGAGUCUUAUCAUCGAGUCUCUACCAAUGUUAAUCAGACUAGAAAUACAGAGGGCGCUAUUCUUAGACAUGUUUUGAAGUAUAUGUACAAAACUACAUUUUACAACGUACAGAUAACCUCAGAAAUAUCAAUCGAGUCUGAUCAUCGAGUAUUGAUACAUGAGUUAACCAGACGAAAAAUAAACAAAGAGCCGCUAUUCAUAAACAUGUUUUGAAGAAUACGUAAAUAAAUAUAACAGCUUUCUGUAACAGAUUAUUCGAAUGCUUUGUUAUUAUUUAAAAAUACGGACGUGUACAGUCUCGUUCAGUUACAUCCUCACUUACCUACACGAAAGAGUUGUACUCAGAUAUUUUUGCUUACGUAUCUGUGUAGCAGUAACUGAACGCGACUGUAAUAUGAUUUAAAAAGACGUUUUUACAAGACAUAAACUAUAAAAAUCACAAAAACAUAAAAUUUGUACUAUAUCUUGCUACUAAUCUAAUUCAGGUAGUUUUUAAUCGUUUAGGUGUCAACAGGGUGGUUGAAAA